GGAAAGUCCUGACAUCGUUACAUCGGCCACAUCCUCGCCCGUGGAUUACAAAGCCUUACUUUAUUCAAGAAAGCCACCCUAACCUGAAAAACUGGAGUUGUCUGCUCUUCCGCCGUCACAGUCACUGCUGCUCUGCCACUAGACGAGGACUCUCCAGCCUCUGCCCGAGAAGCUUCACACCCCAGAGACCCAGACUCCGCUUCUACCGGCACCUCGAACGUAAACUUAACAGAGAUGGAAGGUCACGUGGCGCGGUUUGCACUUCUUCUGUGCAUCACGGCUGCAGCCUCUGCCUCAAGUCAGAGGUGUGAUCCAAUGGAGGUUAAUGACAACCCAUGGGUCUACGUGAGUGAGAUUCUAAUUGGCUGUUGGACCAGCUUCAUCAGAGAGGACAAGGCAGAGGUCCACAUCCUUAACCUGAACUUUACCACCACGGAUAUCAACAUGUUCUCUCUGGAGAUGACCAAUGCCAAGCCAAUGAACCUCAUCCUCACCUCCCCAAACAAGGCCUACGGUGCACACGUCCUCAACACCGACGUCAACAUUUAUAUUAACAAUGACUCCACACUCAGUCUUCAUGGUACUCAACAUCAAAACAACAUCCACAAGCAAGACUUCCCGACUCAAGACGAGGAGCUGGUCAAGUGGGCAACACAGAAGUUUGGGGGUGUGACUUCAUUCACCACAGUCAGAAAUCUGAAAACCAUGUCAUCGAUGGGAACAAAAGGAACCAAACCUGGCUCUCGUUCCUGCAUACUCAGAAAUGAGAAUGCAUUAGAGAAGCACUUUAUGGAGAUCGAAACAGCAGCCCGGGCUUCUUUCUUCAAAUUCUGCUCCCCACAGCCAGAGAACCCCGGUGAUAAAGCUGAGCUUCACAUCAUCAACAUCCCGGAUAAUUCCACCACUCGCAACGUAUCACUUCGCGUAGACACCCAGAAGACCAGCGUGUUCCUGAGAGGCCCCCGGGGCACCACAUGGACCAUCAUCAACCCACAGCACGCCCAAUUUGGUUCCACCAAUGACAUCCUGCUGACCACAUUCACACACAGAAUCCCACCGUUUGUUACACUGGACAGCGACAAUGCGGAGGAGGUGCAAAGGAAGGCUUUAGAUCAUUUCAAAGUCAGUACUUUCACCAGCUACACUGAACUCAGACCAGAGGACUCUAUGGUUUCACUGGUUCUUGGAAAAAAAGACAACUCUGGAGCUGUAGAAGCAGCACCAACGCCAGCCACUCCCAUUACAGCUAAUGCCCCUCAUCAGAUGCCUCUGCUGAUGCAGCUAUACACCUCCCCAGACUACCGUUCUCCCCUGGACCCUACCACCAAGGUGCAGAGUGACAAGAGAAUUUAUGCCGAGAUUUCAGUACACACUUUCGGAAAUAUCGCCUUGACCAUCAAGGUGAUCAGCUGCUUUAUGCGCUCCAUGGGCUCAUGCCCUGUUUUGAAAGAGCUGCCCUUCAUGCCGGAGGCCUGUUCCUUAAAUUCUUGUCCCAGCAGCACCCGACUCAGCUUCUCCUUAGAUCAGCUCCAAGAGCUGACCACAUGGGACCUGGAAUGCGCCGUCAAACUUUGUCACAGUGAGAAAUGUGGAGAUGGAGGACGAGUGAAGAGGAAUCUGGAGGUUGCCCAGCCGUGUCUGCAACCACCAACCCCACCAUGCUUUGAUUUUGGCUUACCCGGUGUUCUGGGCAUUGCAUUUGGAGGGUUCCUGAUUGGAGUAUUACUUAUUGGAGCACUGUGGUUUAUCAAGAUUAAAACAGGGUACCCAACUGGACUGGACAUUAGCUCAACUGCAGCAAAUCUACCUGGAUGUCCCUGUUCAGGGGCAAAACGACAACCUGUCUCCACCAACCCUUCCCCCUCUGAGAACAGCAGCGCCAACGCAAGCAUUGGAAGCACCCAAAGCACGCCGACCAGCAGCAUGGCAUGAGAUUAUGGUAAUCUCCACCACCAGCAGAGCCACCCUUCAAAGUCACCUAUGUGGGUUUUGUGCUUUCGUUUUCUUUAAUAAUGCUUAAAAAGCAUUUCUCCCUUCCCUGCCCCUUUCAAAUCCUCAUUUAAAAAGCACAACCCACAUCUUUGACUUACCAAGCCUGGAAUGUAUGUGAUCUGGGAGUUUGUAAUGGUGGAUCGAAGGUGGGGGGGGGGGGGUGGGUGACGGAUGACAGAAGUCUAAUCAAUGGCCUCUGACGCUCACUUUGCGGCCUCUCUGUAGAGUCAAGCUCCUAGACAGGAAGUUAAAGAGGGCAAGAGAAAAAAAAUUGGCUCCAAGCAACAGGAAAAACAAACCAUAUCCCCCAAGAGCUAACAGGAAAUUCCCUGCAUUCCUUUCAGUGAAUUAUGCUUGUGUGAUGGCUGCACAAUAAUAGUUAGACAGGAGACAAACCAGUCCAAAGACCGGCUUUAAAAAAAAAAAAACAGAUGAAAAACUGUUUUGCAUUCACAUCUAAGCUAUAACAAUAUGUAAGGCUUGUGGCUAUGUCAGCCCAAAAAGUUAUUAACAGCGUCUCUGAGACUGAAAAGCUCAACAUGUUAGGAUCUCAAACCUGUCUAUGAAAUGCUCACUUAAAGGGGUAUUCGUCUUAAUUGGAGUGCAAGGUCAAUAGUUAACAGCUACCUCCUAUUAUUUAGAAGUCUGGAGUUAAGUUUAAACUUAAUACUAGAUUUCACUGGUGAAUUGAUCUUACUUUCUGCCUUUUUUCAAUUUUUGUUUUAUUCUGUGUCGCUUUAGGUGAAUCUUGUCGUUGACCUCUGUGGUCAUUUGUAGCUCUCGACAACAAAGUCAUUUUGCCAUUUUCAUACUAUCCAAUAUCUGUGUCAUACCAUAUGGGCAUUCAUAUCAAAGUCAAGUUCUAUCCAUCCAGUCUAUUGGAAGAUCCAGAGAAUAUAUGCAUGAUUUCCUAAUUACUCAACAAAACCAAUCCUAAAUUCUAUUUAUGGCCCGAAGGACACAAUAAAUAAUGAACCAUUAAGAAAAAAAGUACUUCUGUUUAUGUGAACUGAGAAAUACUCACUUUUGUAGUGUACAGUUAGUACAAAAACUCACAUUAGUUCUCAUACAGCUACGCCCACAGGGUGGAGUUUCCCCAAAAUAGUCCGUCUGGAGGUGGAAUUCCAGUACUUUUCCUUUGCACAAUGUGCAUUUUCAGUCCAUCACAAUUGCCUGGCAAUUAGUUGUAACCAUAUACAGUAUCCAUUCAUGUCAUUUCUGUAAAAUACAUAAAUACAAAAACACAUUUCACUGAAUAUAUUGCAUUCAAGUAUUUUUGGACAGAUUGAAUCAUCCCCCUGAUGAACUAAAUGCCAAUGCUGAUGGUGUAUAAACCGUAAUACUCUUCCAAUAUUUGAAGAUCAAGACUUUUAAGAAGUAUAAAGUGCCCCAACCUGCUUUCUCAUUUUCAAUGACUUUUCAUGUAAGAUGAGUGCACAAAAGGGAAAUCCUUUUUAGACCCCUGAUGGAUGUUAUGGGUCGAUGUAACCAAACUCCUAGCAACUUUUAUUCCUUGUGGGGGAACUUUUGGUACAAACGAUAGGCUUUCACAAUGAACACAUUGAUAUGUUUGUUUCAAACGAAUGGGCUAGAAAACCUGAUUUCUCGGUGAAAACUGGCAAACUCAGACAUGAGGCCUGUACACACGUGGGCUCUAUUUCAGUUUGACUUUGAGUUUUAAGUUUAACACCUGCAAGCCCACUUCUCCCUAAUUUUUCAAACUUCAACUUCCUAUACAAGUCACCAGCUCUGAAUACAGCCUGUUCGGACUCCAAAGUAUAAUCAAUAAUAACAACAGUAUAAGAACACAUUUUAUAUGCACUGUUUGCAACAAUACAUUAGUCAUUCCGUUGUGCUUUAACCCCAUGAAGACUGCUUUUAAAAUAUCAACUCUAGCUUUAUUUCCAGCUGUCACAUGUGCCGAAUGAUAUGGAAACUGUCACUUGAGAGGGAUGCAUUCCUCAUUCAAAUGAUUUACUUCUGCUCUCUACAUUUGAUAGGCUGCAUCAGCCGCUGCAGUGCUAAUGCUAGACAGAAGCUGCAUAGAUGCAUAAUAAGGACUCAUGAGGGCUACAACUGUACAGUGACGGUUGAUCCGUGAACCCAAUAUUUGUUUCAAUGUACAAAUGUAAAUGUAAUUUCAUUUUUUUUUUUUCACUCCGUUACCUCUUAAAAAAUAUUGCCAUCACACGGCUUGUGGAAUAAGUAACACAUUUGUAUCCACAGUAGCUUUGACACAAGCGCCACAAUUGUGAUGUUAAAACAUUUCGUUUUAUACAUUUGAAACAAUGACCCUUACAUGAAUAUAUAUAAAUAUAUAUUCACACUCCAAAUAGUUACUUGCCUUCUGAUUUAGUUAAAAUAAUUUAUUAACCUUCAAACCCUAAUCUCAGUAUUCAGCGUAUUCCAAAACGACUGUUGUGUAUGUAAUCUGUCUCCUCAUUGUAUGUGAGCUAUGUAGCCUCUUACCCACCUCUCUAUCUCAGUGUGUGUGUGUGUGUGCAUGCACAAUCCUUUGUGUGUGCCUGAUUUUCUUUGUGUAUUUGUAUAGAGACGGAGAACAAAGAGGGCCAGUACAAAUUGCCACUUGAGUAUUUGUGCAAUAUGAUGAGGUAAACUUGUAUGUCAAUAUGUAGUUUUUUUUACCAUGUAUUUUUGUGCAAAUGUAUAAUUUUCUUACUUUGAACCUUUUCCUUAACAGACUUUGUUCUUAUUUGGAGAACUGGGACAAUUCCUAAUCAAGGCACUCGUCAAAUGCAUAAAUUUGUUUUGUAUUGUUAUCUUAGUUUUUCUCCUUCUCGUAUAGAUUUGGGUUUUGAUUACAAUGUAGUCACAGACAGUGCAUGUCACAUCGCAUGUCAAAGACGGAAAGAUGUUGUUUUUUUUACCCCUGUUUGACUUUUGCUCGAACCCUAAGAUUCUCCUUCUGUCCAAAAAAACAUGGCAUAUCUCUGCCGAUACUGACAUCCUGACAUUGUAUUGCGUUCAUUGUACUAUCUUCGCUGGGUGUGAUGGGGAAGUACGUUUUUGAAAGACAGAAUGUCUCGCCACAGAGGAAAAUCUAAAGGAAAUAUUCAACACUCACAAACUUGUCGAGUGCAGGGAACAGUCAAACUUAAAACAGUACAAAUGUGGUGGUUAUUGAGAAGUUUUUUAUUUCAUUUUUUUAAUGUCAGGUAUUCUGUAGCUGUGUUAAACCAGCCACAGUGACUGACAGAUUCUGUCUGAGCACUGACAGUAAAAUCAGACAGGUUGCCAGUUAAUUCACUUGUUAACCCUGCAGAUCCCUUCGUUACAUCUGACAACAGCUUCCUCAUCCAGAGACAGUCUACACAGUUAACACAAUAUGUGUGUGUCUGUGUGUGUGCACACAUACACAGUAUCUGUGUCUGUUUUGUAGGUGUACAAUACAAACUAUGCCUACAUUUAUGUGAGCGGAUCCUUGCUCCAGUCUCUUAACAAUGUCCGUAUUCUGAAUUCUUACCAAAGAAGCUGAAGCCUUAACAACACGUCAGAAUGUCUGCUUUGAUUUAAUCAAGUGUAACAUGCAGUGUUUCCUUUUGUACCAUUGAAAAUGGGUCCAUUUCUUGAGAUAGUACUAAUCUGAUGUAAUUCUACCUUGUCUCCGAAGAAAUAUAUGUUUUGUCUGAAAGUAUCUUAAUAAAGUGAAUAUGACAAUUGC